AUGACUUCUCACGAAGCGGUGCGACUCCGUCAAGGCCUUCUUCCUCUCACGACAUCGUCUGUAGGUGCCUUCAACAACCCUCUACACACGCCCAUAUCUGCCGUGUCCAUGAGCUCCAGUCAUUUUCACUCCGCUGUCCAAACACCUGGCAGUAGUAUACAGCCAUACAACCCCCAAGAAUGGGUUCCCACACAGGCUGCUGUCGCCGAGCGCGCCGUUCAAUAUGCUGGCGAAGUCCAAGGCAAGCCACCAAGAACUAAACACCAUGUUAUUGCUAGCCAGCGUCCCAUGAGUACCGUCUUCGACUCUACACCAGCUGGUACUCCGACUCCGCCGCCUCGACUGAGCACAAUGGUGCAUCGGCCUUCACCUGAACCUGCAAAUGCAUCUUUUCCUCCUCCCCCUCCGGGUGUAAAUGGGCGAAAUGGUUCACGGGAUCGCCGCUUUCUGCCAUCGUUAGGCCGCCGUAGAGAUAUGGACACCUCUAGUACUCCUCCACCUCAGCCGCCGCCUCCUCAAGCCCAUCGACAGAGCAUGAUCGUGCAAACUUCGUUUCAUCAACCUACUCCCGAACAUGGAAUGACUGGGCCUGUGAUUCAUGGGCCGCCCGCGGCUCGAAGAGCCGUUUCUGCAGGAGCCGUGGAGACACCCACAUCUGCUCGCUCACGAUCAGCGUCUCAAACCAGAUGGGAACCAGGCAUGCCUCUCCCACCUCCGCCACCAGGGCCCCCACCUGCUUCAAGCAGGUCGCAAAGCGUACAGUCAAUAGACAGGAACACAGUCCCCAUCAUAUCUCCUCCUACAAAAAGACGCCGACCACCAACAGGUGUCACAGAACUCGGACCUGUUCCUCCAACACCUGCAGAUUGGAACGAGACGGGGAGUCAAGCAGGCCCCUCAAACCGAAGCCGCUCACCGGGUCUCAGAAUUGACACGUCGCUACCAUCCUCCCAGCCUGUUGAACCUGCUCUAGGGUCCUCAUCGAGUAUCGGCGGGCUCAAUCGGCAAAAGGCAGUUAGACAUGAUAAGACAAUUUUGCAGCGGAGGGCUGAGAGUCGGACCCGACACAGUGUCCGUGGCUCCAUAGAUGAACGGACUCGACCCGACUCUAUGGCCGACAUAAUGGUACCGAAUACGACUGAUCUGUCACGGACAUCAAUUGGUAAAUCGACCCCUCUGAGUGGCGCACUCGCAUCGCAAGACUCCCGAAACUCGACCCCUAGAGCCCCAGCAUCGGGGAAGCUGCCCCAGGAAGCGGAAACACCACCAUUUUCCCCCAACGCUUCUAAGCAACCAAUAUAUGCCAGCAGCUCAAAGGUUGUUGCUCCAAAGGCGCUCCCUACUCCGCCUCCAAGGUCCGGAUCUGUGGCAUCGGUCUCGAGGGUCCGAGAGUCUUCUCGGCCCCCUUCCGCCGGUCUGUUGGUAUCGAAACAUUUGGUUACGACUCAAACUGCCGAUCAGUUUGAAGAAGGGACUAUCGAUCGAUUCCGCGAGUUUGCGAUUAGAGAAUCGAGAGCCGCUACUGACGCGGAUAGGGUGCGUAUGUUCGCCGACUUUGUUGUCAACGAAUCAAGGAUCAGACGAGAACGAUAUUCUGUCGCUAUUGGGGCUAUGGGCUCCGAGAUCUUUGACCUCACCCGCGACUUAUUUCGGCCGAUGGUCAGCCAAAGGCGAGAGUCAGCCUCUUCACAGGAUCAGUGGACCCCUGGACUAUCCGAACCAGGGCCUUCUCGUCGAGGCUCUAUAGGUUCAAACUUGGGAGAAAGUCCUCAGUCUGCCUCUAAGACAGUCAAUGUCCCGACGUCGCCGAGCGGGAACAACCCACCAAACGUGAACUGGUCCAGCAAUUAUAUGCCCUCGUUAUCGCCAAUUUUAAGUAUGAGCGUCAGUGAAAACUAUGAAAAUGGCAGCUCACGGGGUCGUCCUCCGAGCCGUUGGUGGGAAUCAGAUUCGCAAGGCGAAGCUUCCCAUCUCGGACGUUCCAAGAGAGAGUCGAAGUAUAUGGGCGUAACCAAGACACAGUGGGUCGAGGAGGACCAGCCGUCUGUGGUAUACGAGGAGCAAGGCUCUUCAUCCGAGUAUCCUCCUGAAAAGACGGGCUGGCAUGAUCAGUCGGAGCCCAACUUGACUCCUCAGCAAUUUGGCUUCGCCACCACGUCAAACAUGGGGUCUAGUCCCUGCUCGACGAUCAAUCGCGACCACUUGGAUGUUUCCCGCCUUGUCACCAUGCCCCCUCCUUAUCCAAGACACCAUCCCGCUGUCAAUAACAAACAUCCUGAGUUGACAUCCAUCAGAACGGCCGUGAGAGCUCUGAGUCAACUCGAUGAAUUGGCCAAGACAAGGGAGCGGUUCACUGUCGAGAGCACUAAACGUCGAGAACAAUUUUCCAAAGCAGCGUCUGAGCGCCGUCAAGCCUUGCGUACAAACUUGCAGAAUGAGAUCAACGCUGGCAGCUUGAGUUACGCUGAUGCAGGAGCUAUUGAUGCUGACGCAAAAGCCAGCGAGAUAACAAAGAAAAAGGACUUGGAAAAGUCCGAAUACGAAUUGUUCCAGAAUCAGGUGGUACUGCCUUUGAACGAACUACUGACAGGGCGUAUCUCAAGCGCCACAGAGCUGUUUGACGACCUGGCCCGACAUCUAUUCGAUAACGGGCAGAUAGACGCGGACAUGCCGCAGGAGGAGGGUGAUGAUAGACCAGAACUUCUGGAAAAACUGACGCUGCUUAAAUGGGUCUUUGAGGCACGAGAGGGUCUGUACCGGGCCAUCUACGAUCUUCUGUCGGAUCGCAACGGCCGAUAUUGCGAGGUUGUACUGACUCCUUACCGACUUUCCGGAAAUACUGAGAAGCUCAAGUCAGCUGAGGCUUUCUUUGCCGAAGACGCGGCCAAGCGUGAAUAUGCGUUCGCUCACGAGGUUCUGGAACGGACCCGAGACUUCCGAGGAGUGGUUGAAAAGGCUGUGGAUCAUGGUGUUGCACUGCAGCUGUCGGCGUUUUGGGAUAUUGCGCCUCCGCUUUGUGAGCUACUGGACAAUAUUCCUCUCGAUCUGGAUGGCUUCAAUAUUCAGAUUCCAGCAUCGGAAAUUCAGGAAAACCCAUCAUACGUGGAGCAUCCGAUGCAGUAUCUUUUUAGCUUGCUGCUUCACGCCGAGAAGAGCACGUACCAGUUCAUCGAAUCGCACACCAACCUGUUGUGUCUACUUCACGAGGUCAAAGAGGCUGUGGUUCACGCCAAAGGCAAGGUCCUCGAGACGCAGACCCAAGAUGAGAAUGGAAACGCGAUUCCCAAGGCAGAUAGCAAUGCACAGGCGGUGCAAAUGCGACAAUCGGAAGAACGGCGACUUACCGAGGAUCUGAAGGAAAAGGUCCGUCUCGUUCAAGAUCAAUGGAAGAGCGCUUUAGGCGAUAACAUUACGCUCGUGAAAGAGCGCCUAGGAGGGUGGCUGUUGCAAAUGGGCGGCUGGGAUGAGUCGCUCGAAGACAGAGGUGUGGGCAGUGUCUAG